UUUUGGCACGAUGGAGAGCAGCCCCAGCGCCGUCGCUCCGAGCUAUGGAGCCGGCAAGACCAUAAACGGUGGUCGAUGGACAGACGAAGAGCAUGAGAGCUUCCUUGCAGGGUUACAAGAGCACGGCCGCGAAUGGAAGAAGGUUGCGGCCAAAAUAAAGACACGCACAUCAGCACAGAUCCGAUCUCACGCGCAAAAGUACUUCGCGAAACUUGCCAAGGAUGGAACCACCACGGACGUUCCGUCAGAGGACGGGCAACUCAGUGACACAGACUCAUUAUCGUCCAUUGACACAAGCAAGAAGCGGACGAUGCCAUCGCCUGAUGAAGUCCUCCGCGCCGUAUCGCCGUCCGCACGUCAGUCUCUCGACGACGCAGAAGUGUGCGCGCUCCAAGUACUGGCGUGGUACGCCACCACCCAUCCCAAACGACUGUGCGUCGAGAAGGGCCCACCUGCCUCAUCGGGGUUUUCCUUUGUCCAUGUCAAAUCCACUUAGUGGCCAUCGUAAUCUGUACAUCAGUUCCUGCGUCCGUCCUCGUC